AUGAUUUAUUUAUUUUUACUAUCUUCUUUUUUUGUAGAUCUAAGUUACGAAGAAGAAUUUAAAAUAACUUCAAAUAAAUUCAGACCUAUUUUAAAUAAUUUAUUACUUGAUUCAAUUUUAGAAGAAAAAAAAGAAUUAAAACAUAAUUCUUUUAAACAACAAAAGAGAUUAAAAAAAAAAAAAAAAAAUUUAAAAGCUCUUAAUUUUCCAAAUGAAAGUGGAUAUUACAAAAGAAAUAAUAAAAAAAAAAAUAUAUAUUUAUUUAAAAAUGCAUCACCCGGAAACAAAAAAUUUAGUACUAGUUUUAAAUCACCACACUUUUCUUAUAUAAAUAAAAAUAGUUCAUACUUAUUUAAAAUAUAUAAUGCUCAAGGAGAAAAAAAAAAUGAAAACUUAAAUAAUAUAAUUUACUCUUUUGAUCAAUCAAAAGGUUUGGAGUCAUUUGAUAAUGAUAUCUUAGAUAAAUAUGACAAUUUUAUUAAAACAAUUAAUCAAAGUUAUUUUAAAUCACAAGAUUUUGUUGUCUACGCUAAUGCUUAUUAUGAUAUGUCUCGUUACUUUAUGAUCCUUCGAAGAGGGAAUUAUGGUUAUCUUAUAUUAGAUGGGUUUCCUAAGUUUAGUAAUUUAAUUAAAUGUGCGGAGGAUUCUGCAAAUUUCUAUGAAAAAGAAAAAGAGGAUAUGAGAAAGAGAAUAAACAAAUUAAAAUCAAUUGAAGGAGAAAAUGAUAAAAGGAAAUUAUAUGAAGAAGAACUUCUUCAGUUUAAAAGUAAAAUAGAAGAAAAUUUAAAUAGAACAAAUGCAUUCAUCACCGAAUGUGAAGCAAAAAAAAGUGAAUCCCUUGAAUAUUUAAAGAAAUACUUGAUUCCUGAAAUUUGCCCUAAUCACCAAUGCAAUGAUGUGAAACCUCUUUAUAACCAUGCUAUCAAAGAUUAUUUAGAUGUAGACAAAGUUAAGAAAAACAAUCAAGCAGAGUUAUUAAAGGUUAUUGAAGAAAGCGUUAAUAAUAAUAAUGAAUUAAUAAGAUUAAUGGAAGGAAAUUUCAGUGAAAAAAAAGUAAAAUAUGAUUUGAUUCUAUUAAUAGAAGAAAUUAAUGAUAUUAGAGAGAUCUAUAAAAAAAGUACAAAAAUUAUACUUGAUAAUAUUCUUGAUUUAAAAAAUUAUAACAAAAAUGCAGAUAAAAUACAAUUUACUGAGGAUUCAAUUGUGAAAAUUCUUACUGAUCCUUCAUAUUCUCUUAAGGGAAUUAUCAUUUAUAAUGAAUGGAAUGACAAAUUAAAAACAAAUUUUGAUAAAAGAAAAGAAGAAAUUGAUAAUUUAUUUUCAUUAGAAUAUCAAAAAUUAGAUAAAAAGGUUAGUGAACUAGUUUAUCCUGAAAGUAUAAUAUUAGAAAGUAAAAAUACUAUUUCAAAUUCAGAAGGAAUAUUAGCUGAUAUAAAACGUAUGAAUGAUGAAGAUUUUGAAAGAUUAGAAGAUUUAGCAUAUAAUUUUAAUAGUUCAAAAUUUUCUGAUAUUAAAAGUGAACUUACUCAGUUAUAUGCCAAUCUAGCCUUACAUAAAACUAACAUAAAAGAAAAAUUUGAUUCAGGAAAUGAGGUAUAUAAUUCUAUUAUAAAUGAUCAAUCUAAUAUAGAAAAUACGAAAUCAAAUAUAAGAGAAAAAAAUAGUGAAUUGCAUUUAAAAAUACGUGAUACCCUAGCAGAAAAAAAAAAAAUUGAAGAUAUCAUAGAAUCUGCUAAUGGCAAACUAAAAAUAUUAAAAGAUAAGUAUAAGGAAUUAGAAGAUUUAAAAAUUGAAAUUGAACACUUAAAGAAACAGAUCCAACUAAAAAAAGAUGAAUUAAAAGAAUUAAAGCGUCAAGAAGAGGCAUGUAAAGAAGAAUCCAUAAGAAAAAUAAGACAAUUUCUAGAAGAAAUGAAAAAAAAAAUGGAUGACUUCAAACUGGUAAUGGAUUUAAAGGAUAAUGAAAAUAAAGAUCUCAAAAUAAUUGAAGCAUUAAUUAAUGAAAAACCCUUUAAUAAAAGGGAAUAUAUAGAGAAAAAACAAAAAGCAUAUGAUGAAUUUAAUUCAGCAUUAAAUUCAUUAUUUAGCAAUGAAUUUCUUGAAGAAUUCAGAAACAUAUCUCAAUUUAUAGUAGAAAAAAAAGCAUUAAAUUAUAAGGAGUUAGGAUCAAGCAGAAUUAAUGAAAUAUUAAAUGAGGUAACAAAAAUGUCUUCCAAAAUGGAUAAAAUUAUUAGUGAUAAAAGGUCAACUUUAGAAAAAAAAUUAAAUCCUGCAAAAAAUAACAUUACAGAACUAUUAAAUUAUAUUGUAGUGAAAUCCAGUGAAUAUAUAAAUGUUAAAAUGAAAAGUUCAAUAGAUAAUUUCAAUAGGUUAUUAAAUGAAGCUGCUGAAAAUAUGGCUAACUACGAAACGAAAAAAGAAACAUUUAAGAAGUAUGAAAAUGAUAUAAAUAUAAGAAAAGGCGAAUUCUUAAGAAGUCUUGUUGAAGAUGGAAAUAAGUUAAACAAAAAAAAUUUUUCUCAAGAAAUAAUAGAUCUUGAAGGGACCACUUCUGCUGUUAAAAAUAAAAUAAUAAAACAAAUCAUUGAUGAACAAAGAGUUAUAGAUGAUAUUAAAGAACAAUUAGGACUAUAUAAGAAAAUAGAAGCAUACUUUGAUAUACAUAAAGAUAAUAAUAUUGUUAAUAAUCUUAAGGAGCUAAAAGAACACGUUGAUCAAAAAAAUAUAGAUAAUAAAUUGAAUGAAUACCAGACAAAGUUCAAUAGUGCUACAAGUUCAAUAGAGGGUAGUAUUAGUAUGAUAAACUUUUACAACACAAUUAUUGAUUUUGCUAAAAUUUUAAAUAACAUUAUAAAUGAAUCUCACAAGAAUAAUACACUAAUUGAAAAUUUAAGAAAAAGUGUAAACCUUUUAAAAGAUAAAAUAGAUGAUGAAAUCAUUAUAAUUAAUGGGAGCAAGUUGAUAGAAAACAAGGAAAAAACAAAAUUUUUAAAUAAAUUAAGAGAAAAAAAAGGGAAUGCUGAAGAUAACAUAAAGAAAAUCAAUGAUCUGAAGGAAAAAUCAAAUGAAAUUCAGAAAAAAUCUCAGGAUUUAAAAAAUAAAGUUGGAGGUUCUUCUAAUAUAGAAGUUGUAAAAACAUAUUCAAAAAAUAUAUCUAAUCAAAAAAUUAACUUGACGGAUGUUACAAAUGAAAUAAGUGAAAUAAAAUUAAUUAUUGUUACAUUAAAUGCAGAGGUUGAUGGUGUAAUUAAUUCACAAAAUAAUGAAAUUAUAAAUUUAGUUUAUAAUCUUAUUCUAAAACUAAGUAAAGAAAUGUACGAUGAAGCACAAAGAAACUUGAAAGUGUUAGAAGAAACACAAAAUUACAUAAAAAAUUAUAAUUUUGAAAAUGAUAUAAAAAAAAUUGAAAAAGAAAAUAAUAGGGAAACUCUCAGAACAAUAGCGCAAACUAUAAGCAAUAUCUUGGAUAAAAUUGAAACAAAUAAAAAAAAAUUUAUGAAUAUUAGAAACGAAUCAAACGAGCAAAUUGAUGCGUCGAAUAAUCAAAAAGAAAGCAACAAGAACACAAGUGAAAAGAAAAAAAAUAUAGAAAAAAUUCAUGAACAAAUGGAAAAAAUAUAUGAAAGACUAAAUGCUACAAAGAAAGAGUUACAACCUUUAUUAGUAGAUAUAAACAUGAGGAUAUUAGAAUAUAAAAAAACUUUAAUAUAUGAUAUUGCUUACCAAAUUAGUGAUAAUAAAAAAAGAGCUGAAGAAGAUAUGAAAAGUAUUGACUUAUAUAAAAAAAAAAUUGAGCAAUUAAAAGAAAAUACCAUAGAUGUACAAGAAAGUGAAUUAAAAAAUUUUAAUUAUGAAGAUUAUGCUAAUAGUGCUAAAGAAAAUAUAAUUAGAAUAAAAAUAUUAGAACAAGAAGCUAAUACAAUAAAUGAAAAGAUAUCCAGUAUUACUUUAGAAGAUAAUAUUGAUCAUAUCAAAGCAACAAUUGAACAAAAAUUGAAAGAUGUUAAAAAGGAAAAAAGUGACAUAAAUCAUAUAUUAAAUGAAAUUAAAAAUAUGGAGAAAUUGCUAGUAUCGACAAAAUUUAGUAGUAUUAUGGAAUAUAUGAAAAAAAAUACGGAAAAAGCUGAACAAGAAAAAGAAAAAGUAAAAGAAAAGUUUAGAGAAUCAGAAAAUAAGAUAAAAGAAAUAUUAAAUGAUUCUAAAAAAGUGGAAGAAUUAAGACAUUUACUGAGGAGUAAUUUAGAUGAAAAAUCUAUGGAUAGAAACAUAGUUGAUAUUAGAAUAAUUAAAGAUCGUAUUGAAACUAAUACAGAGGAAAUAAAGGACAUUUCAACAGAAGCUGAACAACGUAAAGAGUCUUCCGAACUCUAUUACCACAAUGCAAAAAGGGGAAAAAAUAAAAUAGACUAUUUAAAAAAUCAUGAUCACCAUGAAGAAAAGAAAAUAACAAAAGAUGUAAUAGAAAAGAUAAAUAAUUAUGUAAGUGAAUCUGAAGGUUACUUUAAUGAAGUAUGCACCGAUUCAUUAGAAAUUAGCAAGAAUUAUGAAUUAUCUUUAAAAUAUAAACAAAAUAUGAAUGAUAUUUUAAACGAAUCUUUACUUAAAGUUGCAAAAAUAAAAAUUGAAAUGAAAAAAAAUGAUGUAAAUGAUGUAAUUGCAAAGAUUCGAGAUGAUUAUCACAAAAUUCAAAAAUCAAUAGAAGAAUUAAAGGAAAGAUUAAAUAAACUGAAAGAAGAAGAUGAUAAUAUAAAGGGUGAAGAAGAAGCAAAUAAUGACAAAUCUAUAGAUGCAUUUUCUCGAAUACAAGUUACAAGGUCAAAUAUUACUGAAGUUAUCCUAGAAAUAGAAAUGAUAAAAAAUAGCAUUCUUGAUAUUUUUAAUUUAUCUGAAAGUGCUGCAAAAUCAGUGUCAAUAGAAAAUGAAAAAAAGGAGGUAAAUUUAUUGAGUAAAUUGAGAAUAGAACAAAACAAUUUAGAUAAUGUUUCAGAAAUUUUAAAAAAUAUUGAAAAUCUAGGAAUUAAUCUAAGAAGUGAAGCAGAUAAAUUAAAAACAAUGGAUACAAAAGUUGGUAUCAUGGAAAAUGAAUUGGAAUUGCUUGGAAAAUUAUAUGAAGAAGGAAUAUUGGAAGAGAUAAAAAGAAUAGCUGAUGAAGAGGAAAAAAGUAUUGUAUCCAUAAAAAAAUCAAUAAAUUUAGCUAUAGAAGCUUCGAUCUCAUUUUUUAAGAAUUCCUUGUUAAAAGAAAAUGAUAUUACAAAAAAGUAUGAGUCUUCUAAAAGAAAAAUGAAUGAUAUAUAUGAUGCAUUUAAUGAAUCAUAUAAUGCAAUAAAAAUUUUUGUAUUAAAUACUUUAGAAUCUUCUACAACCUAUGAAAAAGCAAAAGAAAAAAAAGAAAAAGUCAAAAUAGAAAAAGAAAAACUCAUUGAAAAAAAAGAGGAAAUGAAAAAAUUGUUAGAUAAUAUUAAAGUUAUUAAUAAAAAUGAGACUAUACAAUUAGCAUCUUAUAUAAGGGAAGAGUUAAGCAAGAUAAUUGAGAAAUGUAAACAGGAGUAUCUAUAUGUUAAAACGAAUCUGGAUGAUAUUAAAGGAAAUUAUGUGAAUAUUAAAAAUAUAGAUGAUCUAGUUAUUGCAUUGAAUGAAUUAAAUGAAGCAAGAAAUAAAGAUAGUGAAAUUAAAAAAAGAAAGAACAAAUAUCACUUUUACAAAAAUCAAGCAGAUAAAAUAUACGGUGGGAUAUUUGAGGCAGCAAAUCAUAUAAAUGAAGUGGCAGAAAAAGGAUCAACAUUUUAUGAAGUUAUGAAUGAAGCAGAAGAUAUUAUUAAAAACAUACGAAUAUUUUUAGAUGACAUAGAUAAAAAAGAAAAAGAAAGUGAACUUCUUAUUAUCAAAGUUGGUGUAAUUUAUGAACAAAUAAAGCUCAAGGAUGAAUUAAAGAAAAGAAUUAAAGAAGAAAACAAUAAAGCUGAUAAUAUUUUAUCUAAAAUACAAGAUGCAAAGGAGACACACGAAAUAAUAAAGGAAACAAAUGUUGAUAUCGAAAAAUAUAGUGAAAUUUUAAUAAACCAUAGAGAGCAUAAGAAUUUUAAAGAGAUAAUGGAUUCAUAUAGUGAAAAAUUAAGUAAAAUGAAGGACAUGUCGGAAAUAAACACAAGAAAAAAUGAACUUGAUAAAAGUAAAAACUUUUUUAAUAAUUUAGAAGAAAUCAUUAAAAAAUUACAAAAUGAUGAAUCUACCACUACAAUACUAGAAAAAGCAAAGCAUGAUAUAGAUAUAAUUACGAAUAAAUUAAAUGAUGAACAUAAAGAUGUUUUAGAAAUUAAUACCUAUUUUGAUGAAUUAUUAGAAUUAGGAAAAAAUUGUAAAUUAUCUUUAAUAUCCCUUAUUAUUACAACUAUUAAUGUUGAACUGUCAAAAGAUAUAUUAGUUAUUCAGAAAAAAGAAAAAGACAUUGCUUCAUAUAUAGAAUACAUCAAAAAUAACUAUAAUGCAAUAAAUAGAGAUAUUAAUACAUUAAACAAAGAGUAUGCUCAAAAUAUCAUAAGAGAAUAUGAAUCUAAAUAUGUUGAAAAUGCAAAGAACUAUUGGGAAAAAUUUAAAGAAAAAGAACAAAACGCAAUGGAGAUAAUUAAUGUUAUAAAAAAAGAAAUUUUAGAAAUCAGUGAAAACAAUAAUGGAGGUGAUACAUAUGAGAGAUUACAAAAGGUAAAAGAACUUCAUGAAAAAUUCAAAAAAGAAACAAAAUAUAUAGAUAAUAUUUACAAAACUAUAAGAAAUAUUAAAUUAAAAGAAAUAGAAAAUAUUCAUGAGAAAUUUAUUGAAAUAGCAGAAUCUCAUAAGAAUAUGAUAGAUAGUCAAAAAAAAAAAUUACUAGAUAACAAUCAGAAUCUAAAGGAAAUUGAAAAUUAUUUAAUAAAAACAGAACAAGAAUUAAUUCAUAAGAAGUCUAUGGAUGCAAAAGAGCUUAUGCAAAAAUUCAGUAAAAUUUUUGAAGAUAUUACUUCUACGGUCAAAAAAAUAAAUAUGUUAGAAAAUGACAAUAAUAAAGAAAAAAAUAAAGCAAUUAUACAUAAAGAAAAAAUUUUAUAUUUAACAGAAAGAACAAAAUAUAUUUUAAAAGAUUUAGAAUUAUAUCAAUAUGAGAAUGGCCAUGAUUUAUCAGAAGAAGAAAAUAAGGAUCUAUUGGACAAAUUAAUUGAAUAUAAAGAAAUAAUUAAAGGAAAAAAUAGCGAAUCAAAAAAAGAAUUCAUGAAUAUAUUAAAUAAUUUAGAGCAACAUAAAGAAAUUGUACUUGCCAACGAAAAAAUACUCCAUCAUAUUCAUGAUAUUUUAAAAAAUUUAAUUAAAAUAAAAGAAAAUUUUGAAAAAGAGUUAAUUACAAUGGAAAAGAAUAAUCAAACAAAAAAUCAUUUAAAUGAAGAUAAAAUAAAUAAAUUAAAUUAUAAAAAUAUGUUAAAUAAUAAUAAAACUGAUGAUAAUUCUCAGUAUGAAAAAGAUAAUCAAGAAUCAAAAAAAAAAAAUAAAUUUAAUAGUACAAAAUUAAAAUUAGCAAGUGGUGUAUUAGGUAGCUUGCUAGCAUGCUCAUGUAUAUUUUUCUAUAUUUUAUAUAAAAAAAAAAAAAAAGAUGACACUGAAAUAACUGACAUUUUUCACGAAUUUAUAAAUGAAAAUCCUUUACGUUAUUUAGUUAAGGAAGAAGCUAUUGAUAUAUCCUUUUUUAAAACUGAAAGCCUUUAG